CCUUGAGCAGCUCGUCCUACAAGAACAACAUGCAUCACUCUGUAUAGCUUGAACAAAAAAAUUCGAAAAUGCAUGACGAACCCGGAGAAGAGAACGAUCGUGGGGAUCAGGUCGAUAGAAGAUUUUCUUCGCCUGGUGCAAUUGCCUCCACCCAUGCAAUUCCCUCCACCAAUGCGACUCCUUCUUCAUCUUCGAGCACGAGAGGCUCUCCAACUCCAACAGCAUCCGGCUGCUCAGGCGUAAAGCACCUAGAACAUCUUCUACGCACCUCGAUCGUUGCAGCAGGCAGUCUCUUGUGCGUGCCACGAGACGCACAGAAGGUGCAAAAAUGGCUACAAUCCCGCGACUGGCAAUCAGGGACAACGCAGACUCGAACUUGGGUUCCAGACAUCGAUGGAGAGCCAAGGGCCUUUGGAGGGUUUAAGUAUGAUGCCUUGUUUACUAGUAGUACGGGAGGAGGUAUGGAAGAUGACUUGGAAGUUAGAAGUGGUUCACAUCGUAGUUUACGUUCAGGUUCCCAGCCUGUUCUGCUAGUCCCGUUAACGAGUGAAGCGACAGCUGAGAUUUUUGCAGCCACGACCUGUGAAGAAGAUGUCUCAUCUGUAGAAGAAGUUGUAGGAGCUGUCUCAUCUGGUGUAGGAGAAUGGCUGUGCUCGACAAAGGGUUGUCCUGAUUUGGAAGAUGAGAUCUAUUUUCUUGAACCUCGGACGAAGAUAGAAAGUAGAAUACAGAUGACCACGACUAGGAGGUCGUGUAGAGACAGAACAAGUCAAGAAGAUCAACAGGUUGAAGAAGAAGAAAAUUCUCCAGCACCAGCACAUCACCAGGAGGUCCAUGAUCAAGAAGAGAAAGAAAGUAAAAAACGCCGAACAACAGGAGAACGAGAAUCAAUUUCCGUAUCUGUAAGAUCGGGAGAACUUCUUCCCGAACACGAUGUCCUGCCACCCUCGCAAUGGAUCGCUGAGGAACUGCACCGAAGAGGACGUCAUUUCACCUUCGUAGACCUAUUUGCUGGGAUAGGUGGAUUCAGAUUGGGACUUGAAGCUUUGGGUGGUUUAUGUAUCGGAUCGUGUGAAGUCGAUAAAUUCGCCAGACAAACGUAUGAAUGGAACUUUUUGUCGUCCUCUUCGGGAGGUUCGGAUCAUGAUUCUAGCCGCGAGGACAGCCCUGGGCCUCCUUCUGCAGGAUGGAACCAUGGCCACCCUGUUGGAGCACCUAUACGCCUAAAAAAUGGAGAAUUCUUCGUGAAAGAUAUCACGCGAUUGACACUUCGUGAUUCUCAGGAGCGUGAACGAAGCCAUCAAACAAGGUCAACCACUCUUGAGCCUGAAGAUGAUGAACUACAGCCGUCAUCUUCUGAUCAUCAAGAAUUUCUGGGUGGUCGACCACGUUGUUCCCUAGUCGUGGUCCCUCCCACGUCAAAGAUCGAUGUUUUAACCGCUGGCUUCCCCUGUCAGAGCUUCUCCACUUUAGGCGCCCAAGAAGGCCUAGCUCAUCCCGAAAAAGGAGGCCUCUUCCUCCACUUAGUGCGCGUUUUGAGGGAGUCGAAGCCACGAUACUUCUUGUUCGAGAAUGUGAAGGGCUUACUGCUGACUGAAAAUGGCAAAACGUUUCAAGACAUGCUAGAAUUGCUGAGAAAUUCAGGGUACAAAGUGACCUGGGAGCUUCUCGAUUGUGGCGAUUACCCUGUAGUAUUGCAGAGGCGACCAAGGGUGUACAUUGUGGGGAAACGAAUUCUUGAAGAUGAUGUUGAAGGAGAAGAGGAACUGGAAGUAGAGCAAGAGCAAGGUCUUGAGGAUCUUGAGUCUGGAGGACCUCUUGAACACAAAAACAAAGAAAGGCUUGCACCUUGUUUAGACCAGCUGCGGGACCUUUUUCGCAAAAGAAGAACGCUGAACCUGGGAACUUGCGUUUUAGAGCAGAAGAGCGUAAGGAGCAUGAACUCAAGUACAAGCACAACUGAAAAUGAAGACCACCAGCAGCAUCUUCCUCCUGUUGAUCUUUCCCGUUUCCAUCUAUCCGAUUCUCAGUGGGCUAAGGUGCAGCGACAGAAAUAUCAGCAAGAGCAUGCAGAUGGUACCAGCGGAAGACUCUUAAAGGCUAACGAUACACACGCACAGACCUUGUGUUCCAGUUAUCGUCGGAGAUUUUAUUUGUUUUCUCAGUUUGUAGAUGGCAUUUCAACUUCACCUUGUUCUAGGACACCAGCUUACAACACUUCAUCUUCCUGCUCUAGUUCUACUUCUAAGACAGCUUCAUGUUCAUCUGCAGCUGCAGAAGCAGAUAGUACAACAACAAGUACUUCUUCUACUUCUAGCUCUACUAAUACGCCUCCUCGGUUCCUCACUCCGCGAGAAUGCUGUCGCCUACAAGGAUUUCCGGAGAAAUUUCGGAUACCGUUACCGAGUAUUUGUACAAGUUGUACCUCUAGCACUUCUUCUAGUACUAGUAUUUUAUCUGGUGUACGUGUACCAGACACAUCAAGAACGACAGAAAGUGAAGAAGGUCGUUUCUAUCAGCAGAUAGGGAAUGCUGUCGUCCCACCAAUGAUCGCUGCUGUUUUUUUGAGGUCAGCACAAGAUUUGUGGGAUCAUACGGAUAGUUGUACAAACAAAGAACGAAUAGUACGAAACGACCACAGCACUCGCGCACGCCCUAGCUUUCGUGCUAAUGUGCUGCCGUUGAUAGAAAUGUACAACCAAGAACAUUAGCAGCACGACCCCUACUUUCCUCUACUUGGGUUCACCGUAAGAAGUUCUUCCAAUCUGGAUCGGCACCUUCCAAUCUAGAAGAAUCCACAAGGACCACAGAGACCUUGAUGAAGAAUCGCGUGAAGAU